CAAAAAUCAAACUUGUAAAACUUGGGAAGUCACCACCUUGCAAUAGUCUCCCUUUGCUUUGCAACAAAACAAACUUCUCCCCUCCACUCUCUUCCUCACAUCUCCUUCCCCUCCCCUCCCCUCCGCUCUCUCUUUCUGGUAAUACCAAAUCCGAAUUCCAAUUUAACGCAUAUAAAUUCAAUUCCCAAUUGAAAUCCAGAACAGUUUUUUUAUAAUCAAGGAGAAGAAGAAGGUGGGAAAAAGGAAGGGGAAGGAAGAAAAGAGAAAGAGAACCAAAAGGGGGAGAAGAGCCUUAGCUGCUCACCCUCUCUUCUUAUUCUGAUGUUGUUGUUCAGAUCUUGAGAUUCUUUCGCAACUCUUACCUUAUCUGGGUUCUCUUUCUCUUUGAUCAAUCAAUCAGUUCCUUUUUCAUUUCUGUUCUUCUGGGUUCUUCCUCGCCAUCCACAGAAAGAAAGGGUAACAUUUAAACGUGAGAUAAGAGAGAUAAAGCUUGCUCCUUUUUAGUGAAUUGCUAUCUGGGUUUGUGGAUCUUAUUAGUUAUUAGACAUUUCUUCGUCGAAGUUUUUGUCUUCCGUUCAUUUGGAUUGCUGCUGGGGAGCGAUCGGUUUCCUUUUGGACUCUCCCUACUUUCGAUCAAUCGGUUAAGAGUUCCUGAAGCCCUAUCGGAUUGAAUCCGAGAACAUCCAUCAUAUAGGCAUCCGAGUGGCUUUUUUGCUGCUUGAUUUCUGCGGCAAGAGGAUUUGGGAAAAUGGAGCUUGGAAAGCUAUUCAUUGGUGGGAUUUCAUGGGACACUAAUGAAGACCGUCUUAGAGAGUAUUUCCAGGCAUUUGGAGAUGUUGUGGAAGCUGUGAUUAUGAAGGAUCGGUCCACCGGUCGAGCCCGUGGUUUCGGCUUUGUUGUCUUUGCUGACCCUGCUGUUGCUGAGCGAGUAGUGAUGCAGAAGCACCUGAUUGAUGGCAGAAAUGUAGUUGAGGCGAAGAAAGCAUUGCCUAGGGACGAUCAGAACAAUCUGAACCGAAUCAGCAACAACAGCAGCAUUCAAAGGUCGCCUGGUCCAACUCGGACGAAAAAGAUAUUUGUAGGAGGCUUAGCAUCAUCAGUGACAGAGACAGACUUCAAGAAUUACUUUGAUCAGUUCGGAACAAUAACUGAUGUUGUUGUCAUGUACGACCACAAUACUCAAAGGCCUAGAGGCUUCGGGUUCAUUACCUUUGACACAGAGGAAGCUGUGGAUAAAGUACUAUACAAAACAUUCCAUGAACUCAAUGGGAAGAUGGUCGAGGUGAAACGAGCUGUUCCAAAGGAACUAUCUUCUCCUGGUUCGACCAGAUCGAACCAGUUUGCCGGAUAUAACUAUGGCAUUACGAGAGUCAAUAGCUUCCUAGACGGCUAUUCCUCUCAGGCAAAUAAUCCAACUUCUGUACUUCGAAUGGAUGGAAGGUUCAGUCCAGUCGGAACUCGUAGCAGCUUUUCUCCAUUCCGUACUGGGUAUGGUUCAGGUCUAAAUUUCGAGCAGGGUCUGAGUCAGAGUUACGGUGGCAACUCGAACCUUGGGUCAAACGUUGGAUUUGGCUGGUUGAGCCCCAUGUACAGUGGCAAUCCGAGCAGGUACGGGAGCCCCAUUGGAUAUGGAGGAGCAAACAAUUCAGGGCUGAAUUCUGUUUCUCGUACUGCUUGGAGCAAUGACAGUGUUCCUCAAAGUCUUAACUCCAAUGGCGGAGGUUGGAACUCAGGGCUCGGUUCCUUUUCCGGAGCUCUUUGGGAUUCCUCGGUUAAUACAGGGCAAGGUGGCGGUGUGGGAGCAACCUAUAACAAUGGCAGUGGAGGCGAAUUUGGUGCUGGUCUAGGAGCAGGAGGAUAUGGUAGAAAUGGUGGGGCGAGUUUUGCACCGGUUGCAUCUCGUGCUGCUGCUGCAAAUGGUGGUUAUGAUAGGGCGGCUUAUGCUGACAUUUAUGAGAAUGGUUCGCUCUAUGGAGAUUCUUCCUGGAGAUCCUCGACUUCCGAGAUGUUUGAUUUCGGCAUUGGAAAUACAGCUUCAGGUGUUGUUACUAAGAACCCUGCUGCUUUUAGUGGUGGUUAUGGCAUUGCUGAUAGACAGUCAGAUAGAGGAAUUGCUGCUUAGGAUGAAAAACAAGGGAUUACUACUAUAGGUGGAAGAGUACAUCAUCAAAAUUUGAAGUAAAUUUGGUACAUUACAUGUUUCUUGGCCCUGAAGUUUACUCUUCAACCUUUUUUUACCCCCUUUGAUGAUUAUGUGAGGAGGAAGUUAAGAUUAGUGCUAAUCAAUUUAUCGGUUUAUCGACGAAAUUGUGGUUAGAGAGGGCAGGAAAAGAAUUCAGUCAGGAGGAGUUGUGUAAGGUUUGAGCUUUGAGGGAGGAGUUUUUUGUUUGUUUGUAAUUUCAUGUUCGUUUUUUACUACAUAUAGGGGUUUUCAGUUUUGUUUUGUCUUCAAACUUGGGAAUGUUUGGAACUUCUUAAAUGUAAAAUCAAGAGUUUGUGGGUAUACAUCAGAGAUACUGUAUUAAUGUUCAUAACUUCAUCUAUAAGCCCUACACUACGCAGUAAAACCGGAAAAUUUUGCUUGUUAGGUUUGAAAAAUGAUGAAUUUUGUUUUGUUUGCUUUCCUC